CGAGGGGGGCGGGCCGGGGGCGGAGCGCGGGCGGCGCGCGGCUCCGGCUGGGCUCCCGGCUCCCGGCUCCCGGCUCCCGCUCCGGGCCCUGCACCUGUGACCAUCGGCGGCGCUCGCUCUCCGCGCCCGGCGCCCGCGGCCCCAUGGCCCCCUCCCGCCUGCAGCUCGGCCUCCGCGCCGCCUACUCCGGCCUCAGCUCCGUGGCCGGCUUCUCCAUCUUCCUCGUCUGGACGGUGGUCUACAAACAGCCGGGGACCGCGGCCAUGGGGGGGCUCGCAGGUGUGCUGGCGCUGUGGGUCCUGGUGACACACGUGAUGUACAUGCAGGAUUACUGGAGGACGUGGCUCAAGGGGCUGCGCGGCUUCUUCUUUGUGGGAGUCCUCUUCUCUGCCAUCUCCAUCGCCACCUUCUGCACCUUCCUGGCGCUGGCCAUCACCGGACACCAGAGCAUCACAGACCCCAACAGCUACUACCUCUCCUGUGUCUGGAGCUUCAUUUCCUUCAAGUGGGCCUUCCUACUUAGCCUCUACGCCCACCGCUACCGGGCUGACUUUGCCGACAUCAGCAUCCUCAGCGAUUUCUGACCCAAGGGAUGAGGUCUCUGCACCCCGGCGGUCCUCAGGACCUGGACUCAGCCUCUGAGACACCGGGUGGGCCUGCCCCACCCCCUGGGAGCCCCAGAACCAGGGCAGAAAAUACACAGCAGGAGGACGUCUGCCUCCCUGGAAGACAGGGUCCCCUUUGGGGGAACCCUGGGUGCCAUGGGGAGGGGUCCUGCCAUGUUGCUCGUCAGCCUGGCGGGUGGACAGCUUUAGACCUUUCCAAGUGGAUGUUUUCUUUGCCCUCGGUGGGUAAUCUUUGUAAGCAGGGCCAGGGCAGCGGUCAAGGGGUAGGGCAGUGGGGCCUUGACCUGUGCCCGGAGGCCAGCGGUUUGGUCCCUGCUGCCCUGGGUGCUCUCCCUGAACCAGGGGUGGCCAAGUCAAUAAGAGGGGAGGUCAAGUCAAUAAGAGAUCCCUGGCAGCGCCUUCUCGACGCCCUACCCCAGCACCCCCAUCCUGUUGUCCCCGAAGGGGCAGUAGCUGAACUCCUUGGUCCCAGGGAUGGUGACAUUUGGCUCUUUUCCCAAGGCCUGGGGACUUGAGGGGAGAGUUCGGUGUCCCUCUUCCCACCCUGUUCCACGCAGCGCUGGUUCCCAAGAGAGCGCUAGAGCUAUCCUUGCCUCACCGCACGCCCCAGAGUGGGACACCCUGAACGAGGCCAGACUGAGGGUCUUGGGGAAGGUGCUUCUGCCCCCGGAAGGGCUUUCGGGAAGGGCCCAGCGCCUCCAGCCCUGCGUGCCCCCCUGGCCUUCUCACGCCUGUCCCUCAUCAACGCCCAGAUGACCCCCGGCCCCGCGACACCUCCCAGCUCCUGCCCCUGCCCACUGCCCUUCACUUAAGCACCUUUUAAAACCUCCCUUCUAGAGGACAAAACCUGCUUAACUGCCUACACACUGGCCCAAGGGCUCACCUAACUCGGGAGGGAAGGGGCCACAUCUUUUUAUCUUCGGUUGCCAUUUUGCACGGUUUACCCCUUCCCCACCCGAUGUGUCCUGCCCCUCAGCUCUUUGCCUUAUCUGUGUCACUGUCACUUUAGCAGAAAUAACAGCGGCCAUUUCUAUCAGCCAAGCCUCUGGUGCUUUCUUGUGGGGAGAGUGGGCAGGAAGGGUGGGUCGGUGGGUCUCCCAUUGUCCAUGAAGCCAUUGAAGCCAUUUCCUUAGCUCAGAGGAGCCCACAUGCUCUGGUGCCACCGGCAAGGGGGAACCCACAGCCCAGCUCUCCCCCUCCAGCUCCCUCAGGACCCCCCACCCCAGCUGGGGCGACGCCGCCCCUGGGCACAGCCUCAGUCAUGCCUGUGGGAUCCAGUGCUAGUCACCCCAGGGGCCAGGCCAGACAGGAAGGGGAUGAACCCGCUUCCCUUCAUGUCCUCCAGGCUGUGAGGGCGUGGGGCCAGUCGGAGGUAACAAGGCUCCUGCUCCUGCAGGCUGAAGAAGGCUGGCUGCCUUGGAACCAUAAAGACAGGCACGGGCAGCCCUGGCAGCUUCUUCUGCUUACACUGGGUGAGCCUGCCCAGGCCUGCCGCCCCACCUCCUUUUAAUAGGCUCUGAAGAUCCUUCAGGAGUCAUGGUACAUUAGAGCAGGAAGGAACCUAACAGGUUCUGGAGCCUUUAACUGAUAAACAGAGGCCCCAGGAGGUGAACCCAAGUAGGAAUGAUUCAUGACUAGGAAGAGGCCUUAGAGAGCUGGGUCCGCAGGUGUCCGGAUCCCCCGCCCCCAGCAGGGGCAGAGCUGCUGCCUCUUCUUCAUGGGGCAGGCGGGGCAGCCAGGGUGUGUUCAGAACAGACUCUUUCUGCAAGGCAGCUGCCGCACAAGGCCAAAGAGCUGGGGGGCAGCUCUCCCCAGCCCAACCCGCUCCCUUCUCCUGGACAUCAGAUGGGGCCCAGGCUGUACUGUGUGGCUGCAGGCCCACUGCCCACCCCUCAUUCCCCAGAGGUCCUUUCACAUGCACCUUUAAAGCAAAUAAAACAUUUAUUGUUCAGA